AUGUCCAUUACGAACGGCCAGCCUGCCUGGCACACGCCAAACUCCAGCCAGGUUAACGGCAGCAGAAUUAACCACGGCGUUGUGGACGAUGGCCCGUUGCCGAUGCAGACUCCGAGCGACAAUCCACUCGCGCUGAUGCCUGAGGCAUCCGACCCCGACGAGGACCAUCGACGCGCUCACUUCGCAAAUCUAUUUCGUCGCGCCGAAGGAAGGCUUGCGCUACUAUUUGGCGACAAUGGCGAAUACAACCAACACGGUCUCGACACUCUCAAACGCCCCCCGACCCCGAUCGCACCCCUGCUGCCCCCCACGACAGACCACGCGCCCGCCCAAGAACCGCCCCGUAAGAAGGCGAAGCGCGUCAUCGACGAAGACGACUACGGCGAUGACGACGACGACGACGACGACGAAGAAGAAGAAGAAGAAGACACUGCUCCCAGAUCACAAGCUCUGCAUUCAAAGCAUGUCGACGACGAUGCCGGCGCCAGGACCCUGCUAUCACCGUCCAAGUCCGGCAGUUCGCCGGUCCACUCCGUCUCAUCGCCUGGGAGGCAUGCCGCAAAGACUCGCGAAGAUGGGUCGCCUACACAAGCCAAGUCCUCCGAGGACGCGCGCAAGGAGCUCGAAGAAGCGCGCAAUGCGACCGAGGUGGCCGCCAAGCAAAGCUUCCACACCCUCUUCUACACCCUCGAAAACGACCGGACGGCCAUGCUUGAGCAGCAACAACUGGACGAGUCGGAAAAGCAGCUACAGGCCGAGAUGGACAAGACACAUCACAGCCACACGAGCCAGCCGGAGCAGAACCACGGCUCGCUCAGCAACGCAAACCUCGGCGCAUCGAGUCUCACCUUGAAGCACCUCAUCGCAAGGAUAGACAUGAAGCGUGACCAAGUGCGCGCAUCUGACGCCGAACUCCGAUCGCUGAUGAACGAAGUUCGUAAGAACCGGAGCAAGUGGGCGAGCGAGGAGAAUGUGGGCCAGGAAGAGCUUUACGAAGCGCUCGAGAAGGUGCUCAGCGAGCUCAAGGCGCACACCGAAUACUCGACUCCGUUUUUGAACAGGGUCAACAAGAGGGAUGCACCCGAUUAUUACAAUUUCAUCAAACACCCUAUGGACCUCGGGACUAUGACCAAGAAGCUCAAAGGCCUCCAGUUCAAGUCCAAAUCCGACUUUGUCACGGAUCUGAAUCUGAUCUGGGACAACUGUCUCAAAUACAACCAAGACAUGGGCCACCCGCUCCGUCGCAUGGCGAACGGUAUGCGUAAGGAAGCCGAGAAGCUCAUCCCGCUCAUCCCGGACGUCACCAUAAGGCCUCGGGCCGAAGUUGAGGCGGAAGAGCGCCGGAAACAAAACGGCGGCGAAGACGAUGGCGGCGAUGACAGCGACGACGAACCGAUAAUGUCGUCUCGGGGUCGUAAAGCAGGGACAAAAGGCACUAACAAGUCCCGGAAAGCACCGUCCGACCAGCACGAGGGCAAGGAGGGAACCCCAAGCGUGGACCAGAAGCCGGUGCUGCAACUGAAUGGGAUCCUCGCCAAAACUCACCGGGAAGGCUCCGAGGUAGACAGCAGCAUUGGUUUCGGCACGCCGCAAAUCGGCGGUUCCCUGACCCCUAGCGGUGCCAAUGGCCAAUCUGGCAUCAGCAAUGCCGACGCCAUGGAAAUUGACGGCCCGUCAUUAAACGGCAUGGCCCUCGACCAAGCGUUAGGGGAGGCCGCAGAACAAGCCUACGAGGAUGACGCCUACAAGAUUUGGAAGCAGGUCACCAAGAAGGACCGAGCCCUCGUCGCUAAAGAGCGUUACCAGCUAUUUGCGGGUAACAAGCUCAACGUGGAAGAGCCCGCUCUCCUGAGGAGCAAAGUAGGGAUGCGCCGCUUCCUCAAGUCUCGGAGAGAGGCAGAAGCCCUUGGUAUCAUCCACGGCUCGCACCUCGACGCUUCGGCCGCCGGAUCCAAGGAUGGGGCCAAGGCACCCGAGACGCUCGCCGAGGGUAUGGAAGACGAGGGUGACCGGACGAUUCCUUCUUAUUACGAGCCUCAAACCAUCAUUCCUGACAUCGACCCAAAGCUUCAAUGGAUCGAGGACGGCGAGGGGCACGUCAUCAAUCAACAUGAAGACAUGCUUCGGUUGAUCCCAUCUGGUCACUUCCUUCCGCCAGACAGCCGACUAACUAGCAAGUUCGACGCCAACAUGCGGCAGAUGCAAGAAACCCGCAAGCUCUGCUCCAAGGUCGGCGUCAUCAAGCAAAUGCAAAUCCAGACUCAUGUGUACACUAAUCAAUUUCCUAAAUACAACCCGGAGCCCUUUGUAGAAGCCGACGCCGAGCCAGCGUUUAUGGCUGGAGAAGGGCCGGUCAUGGCACCUGAUACCUGCAGAUUGGCGAUGCAGCGCUCCGUGGCCAAGAUAUUCUACCACGCCGGCUUUGAAGAGCUGCAGCCUUCGGCGCUCGACACGGUAACAGACAUCGCCGGUGAUUAUUUCCAGAAACUGGUCCGCACCUUCGGUGUCUACCGGGAAGCCGAGAAGAAGCCGGCCGUGGGAGUCUUUGCCGAACGGGGCGCCCGCUCCCAACCCCGCUUCACCCCGGAAGAGGUGAUCCUCCACACGCUGAACGAGAACGGCCAUGACGUCGACUCGCUAGAAAGCUACGCCCGCGACGACAUCGACCGUCUGGGUAAUAAGCUUAGCCAGAUCCACGAGCGGAUGAAGGCCCACCUUGCUGACCUGCUCCGCCCGGCCCUCACCGACGGCGGCGCAGACGGCUCCGGCGCCUUCAACGACGGUAGCGACCAAUUCGUCGGCGGCGACUUUGCCGAGGAACUCGGCGAGGACUUCUUCGGCUUCAAGGCGCUCGGCCUCGAUAAGGACUUUGGCCUCGAGAUGAUGUCGGUGCCUCUCCACCUCCUCCAGUCGCGCGUCCGCAACCAGUACCAGAUGCAGACCCAGGCCGUCGGCGGGCCCAUCACCGAGGACCUCUUCGAGCCGCUGCCGCCCUCGGAGCCCGUCACGCGCGAGUCCAUUCAGGAGCAGAUCGGCCUGGUCCGCAACUUCUUCCUCGCCAAGCUACACGCUAACGGCGACGCCCCGCUAGUCGAGGACGAGGACCUGCCGCCUAAGCAGCGCCGCGCGCGCCCCCGCCUCGGCGCCACGGGCAAGAUUGUCUCGCCCCAGAAGCGCAGCCCCAAGGAGCAGAUCGCCAUGGCCAAGAAGAAGAAGAAGCUCGAGUCGGGCGCCGCCCAGGUCACCGACGGCCUCAACGCGGCCAACGCGGCCAAGGCCGCGGCGAGCGCCUCGCCCGACAAGAAGAAGACCCUCCUCCAGCAGCAACUCAACGGCAAGGGCGGGCCGGUGCUGAACCCCCCUGGGGUUGGCGCUGCUCCUCCUGCGGGUGAUGUCAACGGCGGCGGCGGCAGCGGCGGUGACGGUACGAAUGGUCUGGCGAUGCCGGUGCCGGUGCCCACGCCGGCGGUCGCUGCUGGCGGCGACACCACGGACGGCGGCGCCAGCCAGGCUACGGACAAGGAUGAUACCGUGACGGGCAUGAUGAGCCCGGAGAGCUUGGAGCAUCGGUAG